AUCGAGCCUUUAAUAAGUUAUGAAUAUUUUAAUAAUAAUAUUUUCCUUAUUUUCUCUAUUUGUUGGAACAAAGCAAGAAAUAAAACAUGGUGAUAUUGUUGCUGCAAGAGAAAUUCCAUAUCAAGUAUAUCUUCGUAUAAAUACAAUAUAUUCUUGUGGUGGUACAAUACUUGAUGAACUACACAUUUUAACAUCUGCAUCAUGUGUACAUAAAAAUGAUAUUUAUCCAUUGGAUCUAUCUGAAAUUGAAGUUCUAGUUGGUACAAAUUCAACAAAUAGUAAAAAUGAUUUUAUGGAUAUUUAUCGUGUCCAUAAAAUUAAUAUUCACAAUGAUUUUGUUCCAAGUAACAAAACAACUAAAAGUUUUUUAGCUGAUAUAUGUAUAUUAACGCUAUCAAGAUAUAUUACUUUCAGUGAAUUUGUAAAGCCAAUCAAGUUGCCAAAUGAUUAUGAUAUAAUAAAUACAAAUCAUAUACUAACAGUUGGUUCUUUUGGACCAGUUGAUUAUGAACGAUUUGUACCUUCUUACCGUAUCAGAGUAUCCCAGGUGGUCAUAAAUAAUAUUGAAUGUCUAGGAUUCUGGUACAAGUAUACUCUCGUUACACCAGAUAUUAUGGAUGAACGAUUGUGUGCUCGUCCAUUGCCAGGACACAGUGCUUGUAGUGUAAGUCAUCUUCAUCAAUACAUUUUAUUUUUUAUUUUAUUUAAUUUAUUUAUAUUUUCUUUUAGGCCGAUAAUGGAAAUGGACUUAUUGAUAAUGACACAAUCGUUGCUGUUCAUGUUUUUAGUAGUCGUUGUGGUGUAAAUGCACCAAAUGUUUAUGUUGAAAUUCACUAUUAUUUGCAAUGGAUUAGAUAUAUACUUGGAUCACUUUUACACUAAAUAUAUAUUAAUAAAAUGUAGACAAAAAAAAAUUAAAAUAAAUAAUUUUGUUAAAAAUCAAUAAGAUCGAUCAGUAUUUAUUCUAAUUCGAUUUGUUUUUUUUUUUUUAGUAAGUUAUAUUAUGGUACAUAUUUCAUUAAACCUACUGGAAUAUCCUUAGGUCGGAUUGGACCUUAACAACAAGUCUCAAAACUUUCAUUAUAAUUUUUUUUUUAUCUCUUAAUAAUUUAUAAUUCAAAGAUUUUAAACGCCAAAAAUAAAAUUAAUAAUUAAAAAAAAAAAAUUUCUUUUUUCUUCAAUGAUUUCAUAUGAUUAUUUGUUUAUAUUUUGUUUUUUUUUUUGGGUUUAAUGGUGAGCGAGGACAGAUCAUCUAAGAGUGAAGAAUUGCAUUGUAAGCCUGGAAAACACCAGCUACAACUUCCACUGACC